CCCUUCUCUCUGUCUCUCUCUCCUCCCCCUUCCCUUCUUUCUCCUCGUCCUUAUACUGAUUUACCGCGUGCGAUGCGUAGCACUGGUGCGUCCUGUUGAUGCUUACACAGUCGAAUGAUCGAGCGUCAUUCAGUAUUAGUCGGGUGCUCCCGAGAAUCGCGUGCCUCUCUCUUUCCUUCUCUUUCACAAUUUAACAGCAUUUUUGUUUGACUCAUAGAUUUCUUGUACAGAUACACUGUAUUCAGUUUGGUCUAAUAUCUAUUUAAUCGGCCUCAUUAAACCGCCCCGAUAAUAAUUAUUUUCGCGAAUUUGCAUAUCGUACAUUCCACGUGUCGUGGAAGAUGUCUCGUCGCACGAAGACCGGUAGACAAUCCGCGAGGGUAUAAAACACAUCGCUUUUUUUCCCCGCUCGACGGUGAAUCAUGAUAGGCGAUUGGGCGUCGACUAUUACCGGAAGUGGAGAAGAGGAGAAAUUUGGUGGAGCAGGCGAACGAAUUGGAGUACUUGGGGAAACGAAAGGCGAAACGACAGCUCUCGUAUGUUGUAUCGCGCGGAGGCGGUAUAUCGUCACGAGUUACUUUGUAUAACUAACGGAAAAACGUAGGACGGCCGAAUAUCUAUCCGUUGUUUGCGAUUAGACUCGCAAUCGGUACGAUAGGCCGCUCGCGUUACAAGAGGACAGGAAGAAGAAAUAAUCCUCGGGAUAAUGUGACAUCUCUUCUCUCUUCAUUGUUUUACGCCAAAUUUAGAGGUCAGAAAGUUUACAAAAACAUAUAUAACGUAUCGAACAAUAGAAGAGGCGGAUGAAAAAGUUUUGGAGGGAAGCGGAGCCUCUUCUCCUCAGUCUACCUUGACUCCAAUUUUUUUCGCGAGAAAGAAGCAGUGGACAACCUUCUCUCUUUCGCUCCUGUUUAAGAUACGUCAAGGCUACGAAGAAAAAAACAGUCACGUGUAUUCAUUCGUAAAACUGUUCGCUCGUAAACACGUGCGGCAUUUUCAGCAAAUGUAGUUUCAAUGGACCUGUGAUCUAUGAUUGUUCAUCCGCGACGGUAUGCGUCUUCGACAUCGAUUCCGUUCGCAAGUUAUCGGAAUCGGAGUGAUUUCGUUGUAUAUAUUUGAUUGUAAUUAAUAUCGAACGACGAAUAGUACCGUAUCGAAAAAAAAAAAAUAAAGAAAAAUGGACUCCUGCUUCCCACAUUUGACGAUACUGAAUCCGCGUACGACGAAUAAAUCGAGAAAUGAGGAAUGUAACGUCGAGGAUACUCGCAUCCAAUCGAGGACUUCAACCCUCCAGGGAAAGAAUGACGUCUUUCAAGAUUUGGAUCUGUAUUACGUUCGACAAAUUGCACGAAAUUCGAAGGAGCAUGAUCUCGAACAGAAGAUCGAGGUGGAAAUCAAGAUGAGAGAAGGCUCGGCGAGACUUUUGGCAGCCGCAAAGCAUCGUGCCCAGAGCUUGGAAGCUGCCAAAGCGUUGCUUAUAUCGAACGAGAGAAUGUCGGUUUACAUGGCGGAAUUGCAAAGCCGUCGUCGCGAAUCUCUUAAAAAACCGUGUAAUACUGGAACUACGGGCAAGCUAUCGAUUUCGGAUCUUAGAAUACCUUUAAUGUGGAGGGAUUCCGAUCAUUUCAAAAAUCGUGGAGAUUAUCGUCGAUUCGCUGUAUUUUGCUUAGCGCGACUGGGCACGGAAAUCCAUGAUACAUCCUUAUUGUGUCCUAUUGAUAGGGCUCAUACGGAUAUCAGUUUUCCCGAUGUUUUAAUAUUUAACAAUGUGCCUGCCGAAUUUGAAUUAGUUUUGGAAAUCUAUAGCCACGUUUUACAAGAGGAUUUAAGUAUCGCUAGCACGCCAAGAAGAAUAAAAAAAACAAUUCACUCGUCAAUUUCGAAAACUGUUGGCAAAAAACUCGCCGCUUCCCUUCGUGACGAAUUUAGUUCCGGCAAAUCUGGGCCACAUUUUGACUUAGUAGCUCGUGCAAAAUUGACCCUAGAUGAUACGGAUGAUAACAUUCAUACACAUGACCUCAUUAUUAAUAAUAUCGAGCAUAAACAUCACUCUUUGCCACUUUUCGGACAUUUUUGUUGUCGAUUGGCAGCGCAACCGGACUGUAUUAGCAAGGAAAUGGGCAUCAAUAAUGUGAAAAUGGAUAAUCAAGAUUGUUGGGCACGCUUGCAAGGUUUUUAUAUAAAAAUAUGGGAAUCAAAAAAACAUGCAGAAGAAGGUCAAAAUCCAGAGCAUGUCAUACCAAUUAAUAAAAGAACAUCCCUUCGAUUAUCUAAAUCUUCUGCUAGAGAACUUUUGAUAAAUAAUUCUGGCAAUAGCAUGAACAAAUUAUUGUCCAUAAAAUUUGAGUCAAAGGAGGAUGCUCAAAAAUGGUUAAUGCUUUUAUCGGCACAUAUUAAUGAUCACUCGAGAUGGAAACAUGCUGUAGAAGUUGUUCAAAGGGUGUCUAAUAUUGAAAGUACAAGAAAUUCUUUUAUCAGCAAUAAAAGACAGGGCUCUUUAUAUGAUGAAACACCUUUAAUUGAAUCAAUCCCAUCGGAUUAUACAUCCGCGAAACCUACCAUACAAACAAUUUUUGAUCUCACACCUAGCACUAGUCUAAGCAGUUGUAGUUCCACAAAUAGCUUGACAAGCCUGCGUUCCCGUUCACUGAGUAUCAGUGGUGCAUUUAAACAAAGUGCCAUUACAUUAAAAUCCCAUUUGACUAAUAAAAAUGUAUAACGAU